AUGUCCGAGGAUUUGCAAAACAAGUUUCUGGAUAUAAACAGGGUGAGUCACAGUGCUGCUUCUGAGCUCAAACAGACUAGCGAAAUGAUGUCGGAAAGUGAUAAAAGGAUCUGUGAGAAUUUAAACAAAUGUGAAAAAGUCGACUAUGCAAAAUUUCCAUUUUCGGGAAAUUUUAUCGAAAAUCAGACUCCCCCAAACGUGAACAAGAAUUAUAUGCAGCUGGGGUAUAACCAAUCCUUGGAUGAAAACAAUUCCGACGUGAGACUGAAGCACAGCCAGUAUUACAACAGCGACCAAGAGGUUCCUCCUUUGGGUUAUUCGCGUCCCAACUGGACUUACAUAAGAGACUCUCACUAUGAUUCCCAGAAUUAUGAGAUAUCGUUACAAACAACAGAAACUGGUACCACUGAACCAGAACCCGAUCGCCCUCGAGCCACCCCCAACGGUAAGCGAGCUCGAACAGCAUACACUUCCGCACAAUUAGUGGAACUCGAACGGGAAUUCCAUCGUAGCAAAUACUUAUGCAGACCUCGAAGAAUUCAAAUGGCCCAAAAUUUGAGUCUUACGGAACGCCAAAUUAAAAUAUGGUUUCAAAAUCGGAGGAUGAAGUUCAAAAAAGAGGAGAAAAAUAAAGUUGUGACUCCAAAGGCUUCGCCGGAUGAUGCUUCUUCAUUAUCACCGUGCUCUCCUCCUUCUGAUAAUUCCGUUUCCCCUCAGAAUAGUAACCAGUUUCCUGGUAAUUCUAUAGUCAAAAAUGAAGGCUAUCAACUAAAUUCUGAUUCUGUAGAGUGCUCUGAGGGUAAUUCCUACCAAACUGGUGACGUUCCUGCUUAUAAUUACACGUAUCAGUACAAUCAGGCAUAUUCGAGUUUAUGCAAUAAUUAUCCAGAAAAUUAUACUGGUCAGUACUACCCUCUGAAAAAUGAAUGCGUUUCGUCUAGGUUAGAAGAUAACAUUAGUUUGUAUUCGGGAGUUUCGUGGCAAGGUAAUCAACACCUGGAUUCUAUCCCUCAGUCGAAUCUAACGACUUUAUGA